AUGGCGGAUCCACGUAGAUUGCGAUACUGCUCGACGAAGCCUCGCAUCUUUGUUGUUUCGGACAUUUCAAACGAGCCGGACGACGCCGAGUCCUUGGUCCGAUAUCUGUUGUACUCGAACGAAUUCACCACUCUCGGUUUGGUUGCGACGACAUCAACGUGGAUGAGAAAGGUCGUGCACCCGGAAGACAUGCAAAAGAUUGUGCAUGCUUACGGUCAGGUCGUCAACAAUCUCAACGCCCACGUCCAUCCGGGCAAUCAAUAUCCCACCGCAGACUACCUCCUCUCCAUCAUUAAAUCUGGCCCAUCACUCUACGGCAAAGAAGCUCUCAGGGAUGGUGUUCCGGCGAGUGAGGGCACCGAACUCCUCAUACGGCGUGUCGAUGAGUCCGAGGAACCGCUGUGGCUCCUUUGCUGGGGCGGUAUCAAUGUCCUGGCCCAGGCUCUUCAGCAUGUGCAACGCCAAAGAACAGCUUCAGAAUUUGCUCGCUUUCGUGCCAGGUUGCGAGUCUACACAAUAUCCGAUCAGGACGACACGGGGAUAUGGAUUCGCUCAAAUUUCCCCGACAUAUUCUACAUCUGCUCGGUGCACGGUUGGGGCGAGUACGGAUGUGCCGCGUGGACUGGCAUCUCUGGAGAUGUACUCAUGCCUGUUGAUCACGGAGGCCCUGAUUCGUCCAAGGUCUCGAAAGAAUGGCUCAAAGAGAACAUCCAAAUCGGUCCAUUGGGAAGUGUGUAUCCCACAUAUGCUUUUAUCAUGGAAGGGGACACGCCCACGUUUCUGUAUCACGUUCAGAACGGCCUUGGAUCUCCAGAGAAUCCUCAUUGGGGUAGCUGGGGCGGCCGCUACAGUCUGAUAGACCUCGGUGGAGGAGCAAGGCAAUUCGCCGACGCGAGAGACACCGUGAUAGGCAUGGAUGGUCGGAAACACCUGAGCAACCAGGCGACCAUUUGGCGAUGGAGAGACCAUUACCAGGACAGCUUUGCCGCACGCAUGCGCUGGUCCCUGACGAGUGAUCGGAGCAAGGCAAAUCACGAGCCAGUUGUGAUCGUCAAUGAUAGCUCGCCAGGUCCCGAGCCGCUACUACUUGAGAUGGAAGCUGGAGAGGAAGUGACUCUCGACGCGUCGAAAAGCUACGAUCCAGACGGCGAUGAACUCUCAUUUGAAUGGUUUCAGUACAAGGAGCCAACGGCCGCACAGUCUCAUGUUCACUGGAUUGUUCCGGACAUCGAUGUCGAACCUGCCGGGGCGAAAAUUGUAAAGAUCAAAUUGCCACCACCAGAGACAUGCGCAGUCAACAUUGUUACAGGUCAGGCCCUUGAGAAGGGCAUGACUCUCCAUUUUAUUCUCCAGGUCACAGAUACUGGAAAGCCUCCUUUGACCACGUACAAGCGGGUUGUGGUACAAACAACGAACCGCAAGUUACUCGGAGGUCGAUCUGAGGUCUUCGAUACCGUUACUGACGCUAUUGGAAAGGGAGAAAACCCCCACUCAUGA